UGUCCGCAGCCUGGCGAGGUCCGGUGUCGGCGUUUGGGUUUCACUCAAAGAAGUGAAGUUUGCUGAAAAAUCCAUCAUGGCCCCAACUUUGCCUCUAGAUCAAAUUUCUGUGUCUGAACCAGAUGCAAAAACUGGGAAGACAGAACAGCUACCAGCAUUGCACCCAAGCAGGAAAGAAGAAUGUUACUUUGUGUUGUAUAAGCCUCCACCUCAAGAUGACAUACCAGCACUGGUGGAAGAAUUUCUGGAACGUGCAAAUUUCAUUGCUCAAGAUCUUGAAUGGUUGCUAUCUCUUCCUCAUGAUAAAUUUUGGUGCCAGGUUAUUUUUGAUGAGACUCUCCAGAAAUCUUUGGACUCUUUCUUGCGUUACACACCUCGUCAGUAUGAUGAAAUGGCAAAUUCAAAUCCAGCCAUGGCAGAAAUGCAAAAACGCCUUCAUCGCAACAUCUUUAUGACCUUUCUUAGGAUGUCCACCCACAAAGAGUCCAAAGAACACUUCAUUACACCCAGUGUUUUUGGAGAAAUUAUCUAUGACGGCUUUCUCUUCGACAUCCCAAAAAUCUUUGACUUGUGCGUAAUAUUUGGAAAAGGAAAUACUGCUCUUCUUAAGAAAAUGAUUGGAAAUAUUUUUAAUCAGCAGCCAAAUUAUUUUAAUGAUCUGAAUGAAACAGUGCCCACAAUCCUCCAGGUUUACAGUAACAUCUGUGAGAAGUGUGGCCUAAGGCUGGAAAAUUAUUCCACUUGCCCUCAAAAGAUUGAUGGUCAAACCAAAGUCUCACCCAUGGAUAUGCCUCUUCAGGAGUUCAAGGAUGUCUUGCUGUAUCUGUGCGAUACCUGCACUACGUUGUUUGCAUUCUUGGACAUUUUUCCCGAAGCUAGUAGGACGUUCCAAAAGCAUGACUUUAUACAAAGAUUGACCUCAUUUUAUGAACUAAUCAUCCCUGAAUUAGAAAACACGAUUAAAAAGAGGCAAUUUGAAGCAGCUAGUAUGCAGAAUGACUUGUGGAGGCGAGUCUCACACUCAAGGAAGAAAAUUAUUGAAACUUUUCAUCACAUCAUUAAUUACAUGUGCCUUCAACCUAUAUUAGAAAAUGGGUCUGAACAGAGUCUGACUUUUAUAGAAGAUUUCCUUCAGAUCUUUACUGCUCUACUACACCAAAAAAGGUUUUUGACAGACUAUGAUGAGCAGUUUCCAGUGGCAGAUGAUAUCAGCCUUCUACAACAGGCAUUUCCUGCACUUGAUGAAACCAGGACAUCUUACAUCAUCAAAGCCGUUGACAGUGCUUGGGAAGCUUGUAGCAGGAAGAAACCUGUCUUUGCCACAGGAAAUUCUCAUAUUUCAAGUGCAUCUGGUGCCUCUCAGGUUUCAGCUGUAAAUGGUGAAGUGGACCAAGUCCUUAAACAGCCAGAACAUGAAAAUGAUGACUAUUGUGAAGGUGCAGCUGCAGCAAAGGUAACAGGAGUAGAGCUGGAAUCUUUAGUUUCUCAAGUGAAGGACAUUUUACCACAUCUUGGAGAAGGCUUCAUCCUUGAAUGCUUGGAGGAAUACAAUUAUGACACAGAAAAAGUAAUCAAUAAUAUCCUUGAAAAUAAAAUAUCACCUUCACUUCAAACAGUAGAUCAAUCUCUUCCAAGGCAGGUGAACCAGAACCAGGAAUCAAUUCUGUCAACCAGACGAAAUGUUUUUGACUAUGAUGAGUUUGAUGUUUACACUAGAAAUACUGUAGACCAGAGCAAAAUCUGGAAAGGCAAGAAAAAAGGAGAAAGUGGGAAAGCGCUGCUUGAUGAUAAAACUCACAUUGCACAACAGAAGGAAAGAUAUAAUACUUAUAGUAUAGUUGUAGAGGAUGUGCCUGUAGAAGAUGGAGUUCAGUUUUAUGGGGAUGAAUAUGAUGACGAAUAUGAUGACACGUAUGACGUUAAUCAAAUUGGGGCAAAUGACGUGGAUUCUGAUGAUGAACUUAUCAGCAGAAGACCAUUUACGAUCCCUCGUGUUCUACGACAGAAAGAGGAAGUAGAAGAGGAAGAGGAAGCUGAAGAUGAAGUGCCAAAGGAGGAAGGACCGAAGAGGGAUCUAUUUGUGCAGGACCCAGCAUUGCUGAGAGAAAAGGCUGAAGCAAGGCGUGCUGCUUUCUGUGCAAGAAAAGGGAUCAAACGUGACAACGCUGCUGUUGUAGGGGGUGCAAAGGGCCAGGGACAAUCCAAAGAAACACUAGCAGAAAGGAGAAAAAAGGAGACCAAUAAAUCUCUUCGAGCCAAUCAUAAUCGACGAUCACUAGCAGAUAGAAAGCGCAACAAAGGAAUGAUUCCAACUUCUUUUUAAUCAUUAUUUCUACUUAACCUUUUCGUCUUCCUUCUGUUCUGCUUUUAAAAAUUCAUCUUUUAUCCCACUUUGAUCAUAUGCUGUAUAAAUGGGCCCUUAUUUUCCAUAACGUUCUUUCUCAGGCAAGAGGAGCCAAAUGUAUUAAAUAUAAUAAAUUUAUUUUUUCUCUUUUUCUGGAUAGUGUUCACUCCCUUGAAUAUUUUGCUGCACAAUCUCAAUCUGACAAACGUGAUGGCCAAAUUUAUGCUAGUCAAAACUAGACUGCAGUGAUAGAAUACUUUUGCAAAUGUUUCAAUCUGUUUGUAAUUCAGUUUGAUGUAUCUUUAAUGCAUUUGUCCGUUAUUGUUGGACCAUGCUACAAUUGAGUAAUUAAGCGAAUAGAACUCUUAUUUAAAAUUUUCUGAGAAAAGAUACUUUAUCCUUCAUUCUUCUCCUUUUUAGGUGCACUACUGUCAUGUAGUAUUUAAUAUACAGAGAAGUUUUCUUUUCAUUCUGGUUUCAAAACCUGUCAUUGGUGCCAAGUUUGACCUGGCUGUUAAGAGACAGCUUGGCAGUCUUGGGUACCUAGACUAUGGAAAUCUUUUUUUUGCCCCUUGUUUGAAGUCUUGACUUGGACUCAUGUGAAAGCAUUGGGGAAAAUAUAAAGGAUGCAUGUAUGCGUGACACAGUCAGUUUGCACAUUGAUGAUUUGAAAAGAACAAUAGACUAAUUCUCGAUUUGCAGAGUUUAUGGUUUGUACUAACCAGCGGUAAUUACAGAAUCCACACUUAAUUACAACCAAUGUAUUUGCAUAGAGAUUUACAUGUGAUAUAAAUACUUAUGAAAUAAAAUAUGUGCCAUCCGUCAGUAUAUUUGUAUUUCUUUCAAUUUGAGGAUGUGAACUUUGCCAACAAGGGUGGCUUUAAUUGCACAUUUCUGCAUAGCCUCUUGCAGCUAACUGACUUAUUUGUGUUGUAUUUCUAUAAAAUGGUGUCGCACAUGUGGAAACAUACAAUUAAACAGACAGUUUAAGCUACGGAUUUUCAUUUCUUUCUGCAUAUCCCCUAGUUUUCUGUAAUUCAUAAGGAGUAGUGCCAGAGUCAUUGUCUGUGCUUUCAUUUCUAGCAGCACAAGAAAAACUUACAUUCAAAUUGGUGUAAAUAUACAUUAUAAGUUAAAUGAGAAAUACUGGAGCUGGUUUGGGUAUGAACUAAAUACAUUCUUAUGACAACGAAAGAUAUCCUAAAAUGAUGACUGGUGAUGAUUCAAGGCUGGAGAUUAAAAUGAAACAUUAAAUAUGGUUCAUGAUACAACAGGAAAGAAAGUGUAGAAGUGAAAUGAAAAUGAUUAAAGUGUCAAAGAAUUUAUGACAAAAGAUGACAGAGAAUACAAGUCUUAUAAUCCACAGGGCUAGAAAUUUGUGCAAGAAAGUGGCAAAAAAUGACCAUAGUAGAUUAUUAGUGAUUACAUAUCCAGCAACAGUUAAGAAUAUCCUACUUGAAGACAAAUUUCUUCUCUACCAUCUUUAAAACAAUGGUCAAGGAUUUAAGAUGGGCCAAUUAUGUCAAAAUUGUUAAGACCAUUAAUAGUGAUGAUACAAGUAUGAGAAGAGUUGUUUAAAAUAAGGACACAAGACUGCAAAUGCUGAAACUUGCUGUAUGAACUCAGCAGAUCAAGCAACAUCAGUAGCAGCAAAGGAAUGAAUCAUCGAUCUUGAUGCAGGAUUUUGACCUAAAAUGCUGACCAGCUCAUUGCCUCCUGAUGCUGUUAGACCGAAUGAGUUCCUCCAGAAGUUUUUUUUUUGCUGGGUGAAAUAUAGUUCAUCUGGUAGAACAAUAAAAUUCACUGACAAAUCUUGAUAAAUGCAUGAUCACAUGGUCAUGUGGGCUGCCCAUUUGAUAACACGCAAUUCUGUCUGCAAACUAUGCAGACAGAAUUAAGUGUCGCUAUUCAAGUUAAGAAAUCACUAAUUAAGAUUUUUUUUCACUUUUUUGAGCCUAGUCACCAGGAUAAGCAGGAACUGCCAGCUGGCCCAGGAGAAAAAAUAUGCAAAGUAUAAAUUAACACUCUGGGACUACACUAGACUGCCAUUGUUAUAGGUACAUCUGCUCGUUAAUGCAAAUAUCUCAUUAGCUAAUCAUGUGGAAGCAACUCAACGCAUAAAAACAUAGAGACAUGGUCAAGAGGUUCAGUUGUUGUUCAGACAAAUAAUCAGAAUGCAGAAGAAAUGUAAUCUAGGCGAAAUGAUUGUUGGUGUGAUGGUGGAGUUUGAGCAUCUCAUAAACUGCUUAUCUCCUGGGACUUUCACGCACCAUCUCUAGAGUUUACAGAGAAUGGUGUGAAAAACAAAAAACAAUUAGUGAGCGGCAGUUCUGUUGAUGAAAACGCAUUAAUAGGAGAGGUCAGGGGUGAAGGGCCAGACUGGUUCAAGCUGACAGUAAUGCAAUUAACCACCUGUUACGAUAGUGGUGUGCAGAAUAGUAUCUUUGAACAUCCAACCUUGAAGUGGAUGUGCUACAGCAGCAUAAGACCAUACUGGGUUCCAUUCUUGUACCUAAAGUGGCCACUGAGUGUAUUCAGUGUCCAUCAGAUAAUAGAGCUUUUAGGAUUGUCUAACCCACGGCCCAAGGGUUUUCUGUGUCAUAAAUUCCUAUUUGUAUCGAGGAUGAAAUCUACAUCCAAUUCUUGGAAUAGUUGAAGAGAAUAUGAGUAAUACAUGAGUGUCCCUGAUUUGUUCCUGUUUAUUAAUUUAUGGGAUCUGAAUGAAAUUCUGUCAACAUUUAGUGACAUUGUUGUCCAUCCAUAAUUAUUCUUUACAAGUUGAUAACUAUCCUGAAACAGCAAUCUUUGUGAAGUGCUAUUUAGACCAAAUGAUGAAGAAAAAACAGCAACAAUGUUUCUAGAUCAGGACAGGUCUUUUGGAAAGACUCACAGGUGAUAUCCCCAAGAAUACCUUCCAUCACUGUAAUAACUCAGAAGAGAUUGCUCAGUGGAUUGGAUUAUUGGUAGUUGCAGACAAGAUGUAUCUAGGCAAUUUUAUACAUUGGACAGAUGCCAAUAUUGUAUCCAGGAACAACAUGGCAUGUGCCACUAGUUUUAGAAUAUAUCUUAAGCACCCUUGGUGGGGCAGUCAGAUCCCCAGUCCUGUUAGUCUUGAUAGCAUGGAGACUUAUGUUGUCCAUAUAUUAUAACAUGAACAAACCAACAAGGAUAAUACACUGCACGUGUAUUCAAAUAUGUCUUCAUCUGUUUCAAUAUUGACUUUGGUUCUUUUGUUAGGCCCUCCAAUUGUCGAGCAUUGAGGUGCCCAGAAGCUCUGUUUAGCUGUUUAAUUAGCUACUCUCACCUACAAGUGGAUGUGGCAGGAUUGCAUCUUUGAUUUGAACCAUGUGGAUUGUAAAUUUGCCUCGUUCUAUAUGACAUGCAGCUGCCAAUGCUUAGCAUGCACAAUAUCCUGUUUAUAGAUUCGUUUCUGUUUGGUCUUGUUGUUCAACACAAACUCAGAAACAACUCUUCAUCUUUCUAUGGUGCAAUUUGCAGCUUUUUUGCCUUAACAGCAAUAACUUCAAACCUUAGCAGAGUUUUUUUGACCUCUUGCACAGAGCUGCUGCUAAGAGAUUAGAUGCACUGAAGUUACAUAGAAACAUAGAAAAUAGGUGCAGGAGUAGGCCAUUCAGCCCUUCGAGCCUGCACCGCCAUUUAUUAUGAUCAUGGCUGAUCAUCCAACUCAGAACCCUGCACCAGCCUUCCCUCCAUACCCCCUGAUCCCCGUAGCCACAAGGGCCAUAUCUAACUCUCUCUUAAAUAUAGCCAAUGAACUGGCCUCAACUGUUUCCUGUGGCAGAGAAUUCCACAGAUUCACCACUCUCUGUGUGAAGAAGUUUUUCCUAAUCUCGGUCCUAAAAGGCUUCCCCUUUAUCCUCAAACUGUGACCCCUCGUUCU